AUGGGGAUUCAUAUCAUUAUUGUUGGUGCAGGUAUUGCGGGUCUAUGUGCUGGUAUCGCCCUUCGAAGAGCCGGCCACUCAGUACAGAUUUUUGAGAAAUCGAAACUUGAAACGGAGACGGGGGCCGCACUUGCUCUCUGUCCCAACGGUGUUAUUGUCUUAAAAAGUUUGGGAUUAGACUUUGAACAAGCGCAGGCGUGCCAGUUAAACCGCUGGGAGAUAAUCGAUGGCAUUUCGCUCCAGAAAAUCGCAGUGCAACAUAUAGACCGUAUGGCAUCGAGACUGCGGUCGGCCUUUGUGACAAUUGGUCGGAACGAUUUGCAUCGAGAGUUGCUGCGCUUGGCUCUUGACUCUGAUCAGGAUGGGACUAAUGUGGUCAAAAUCCGACUUGGAACUUCUGUAAUCCAGGUAAAUCAACAGGAGGGGAUAGUCACACUCGAUGACAAUAGCUGUCACCGAGCUGAUCUGAUCAUUGGUGCCGACGGCCUUCAUUCCGUUGUUCGAUCACAGGUGCUUCCUCAGGACAAGGGAGCAGUACCAGCAGGCUUGAGUGCCUUUCGCUUUACGCUGCCGACUGAAGCACUACUCUCCCAUUCCAAUUCCCAAGAUCUGCUCCGAGACAAAGAGUCGACAUCAUUCAUACUCGCAGACACUAGUGAUACGGUCAACGAACGUCACUUUGUCUGGUAUGAGUGUCGCGGAGGGGAUUUUCAGAAUUUUGUAGCAAUCCAUCCAUCCUGUGUGGACAAAACUGAAGACGCCAAACCCCAAAUGCUGGUUGAGCGAAACAGAAUGGCGACGGAAGUCACUUGCUGGCCACUGGAAAGACAUGAGCCUCUGAGAAGCUGGACAUUUGGAAAGGUUAUCUUGAUUGGAGAUGCCGCGCAUUCGAUGCUACCAUUCGGGGGGCAAGGUGCAAACCAGGCUAUUGAAGAUGGAGGUGCUCUCGGAAUACUAUUGAGUGAUUUGGGCAGCUCCGACAAUAUUCCAACACGUCUUAAGCUGUUUGAGGCUGUGCGAGUAUCACGCGCCUCGAGAGUUCAAAUACUGUCCAAUGUCAGGGUUGGAAGAGAGAGUGCAGUCACAUCCGACCUUCAAGUCUACCUGGAACCUGGAGGAUCCUGCCCGCAGUCUUUUGCCGAUCGUCUUUCACAUGAUUCCGGGUUUGAUGUGAUUGCAGUAUGUACGGAAAUGAUGCGGAAGUGA